AUGUCUGCUUCACCACGUCUCAGAUUCAACGCCAGGCGCGUUGCCGUCAUUGGUGCGGGCCCGAGCGGUCUGGCAGCUCUGAAAUAUUUGAGGGCAGAGAACAAAUUUGAGAAGAUUGUUGCUUUUGAGCAGCGAAGUGCCCCGGGCGGAAUCUGGAAUUACACUGCCGAGGACAGAGACGACGGGAGCUUUGCCGUCCCCAAAACCCGUCCCUCCAGCAAGGAUUUGGAUCAGCCGAUCUGGAUUGGCAAGAACGUGAAUGGCGUUGGCAAGGGCAAAGCCAAUGCCGCUACCAAUGGAACCGUCAACGGAGCGUCUAAAGAGGACAAGGAGGUCCAGUUCCUUUCGCCAAUCUAUGACCGCCUGGAGACCAACAUCCCGCGCAUGUUGAUGCGUUUCCAGGACCAUGCAUUUCCAGACGACAUCCAGCUCUUCCCCAAGCACGCGAGCGUCAAGGAGUAUCUGAAAGGCUAUGCAGAGGACGUCCUCGAGACCAUCCGCUUCCGGACCCAGGUCGUGGAUGUGCGCUUCAUCGGCUCCAAGGCGGAACAGAUAGGCGACGAAGAAGUAAAAGAAGAGUCGUGGAGCGUCACGACCAAGAACAUCGUGACUGGAGAGCAGACAGAAGAGGUUUUUGACGCUGUCGUUGUUGCAAACGGCCACUACUACACACCGUAUAUCCCGGAUAUUGAGGGUAUCAAGGAGUGGUACCAGACAUCCCCAAAGAGCAUCUCUCACUCCAAGUUCUACAGAACGCCGGACGUGUUCAAAGACAAGAAAGUCAUCGUCGUUGGAAACAGCGCCUCGGGUCUCGAUAUCGGCGCCCAGCUUUCAGGAGUGGUGCAGCAACCUCUGAUCGCCUCCAUCAAAACCGAAUCGUACAUGUCACCCGGGCCCGCAAAAGACAGGAAAGAGUACCCACCGAUCACGCAUCUCGACGUCAACACGCGGACCGCGACCUUCGCCGACGGCGGCAAGGAGUCCGACAUCGACGCCAUUAUCUUCUGUACCGGCUACUUUUAUUCUCUGCCCUUCAUCUCCGACGUCGACGGCCCGCCGCUCAUCACCGAGGGCAACCGCGUCGACAACACGUAUCAGCACGUCUUCUACGCGCCGCACCCGACGCUCAGCACUCUCGUGCUGAACCAGCGCGUCAUUCCCUUCCCCGUCGCCGAGGCGCAAGCCGCCAUUCUGGCGCGCGUGUACGCCGGCCGCCUCGCCCUGCCGCCGCUCGCUGAGAUGGAGCAGUGGGAGCAGGAGACGCUGAAGGAGAACGGCCCCGGCACCGAUUUCCACACGCUUGCUUUCCCGAAGGAUGCAAUCUUCAUCAAUGAGCUGCAUGACUGGGCCGCCAUGGCCGAGCGCGAGGAGGAGGGCGUGGGCAAGACGCCACCGAAGUGGACCGAGUGGCACUUCUGGUGCCGUGAGAGGUUCCCGCAGAUCAAGAAGGCGUUUAAUGAGAGAGGCGAGGAGAGGGCUAAUGUCAGGACUUUGGAGGAGCUGGGAUUUGACUUUGAGGCUUGGAAGGUGGAGAGGGCGAAACAGGAAGAGAAGUUGUUGUGAUGAUGGGUGGUGGG